UCUGACGGCUGCUUUCGAUUUUUGCGAGCAAUAUCCUCGAUACCUAAGAGGGGAAAGGGAAAUUGUAAGGCUAGGUAGCACACUACUCACAUGCAAUGCACACAGUGCUUAAGUGAACUAUACUUUUCACAUCAAUGUACUUGCAAAUGAUGAACAGAAUGUCGAAAGGCAACUCGACUAGGCCCAUGCCGAAUGGCUUCAAGCACUGUGACUCGACAACGAAGCUGUUUGGAUUUGUUUAUUUCGACCUCGAAAUGGCAUUUCCUCAAGCGCUCCUCGAGAAAUUGAAGCAAGCUUAUCCCAAGCCCUCCAUUGACGAGCGCUGGUUGAAAGAUUGCUAUGAUUGGGUCAAGGAAGAGUUCCAUCUCGGCGACCACCAAGUCGAUAACAUCUAUCGCCACGUAAAUACCCAGUACUUAUCUUCCGAUUUGUCCGAUUCUACUAUUCCUCACAGUGGAAUACCUACUGCGAUCACAGAUGAGACAAAGAAAGCGGUCAUCGGGACACUGGCCACGGGUGGACCAGUACUGGUCCAAAUCAAUGCCAUGACGGAAAUUGGGCAUAGUGCGUUCAAUCUCCGGAAUGUGCGACAGACGCGUAUAGACAAAGUAGACAUGGCUGGCUUGGCCGAGGAGAUCGAUGAGAAAGAGGAUGGCCCUAGCAUCCAUGAGGGUGAAGACUUUGGGGUACCAGACUACCCUCACUCCAUGCUGCGUAUGGCUCUUAGUGACGGGUCUCGGACCUUGCAAGCUAUGGAGUAUAGAAAGAUAUCCGCGUUACAACUUGGCACUACGCCCCUGGGUUGCAAGCUUCUGUUGAAGAACGUCACGGUACGCCGUGGGAUAGCACUCCUUGAACCGAAGAACACUACAGUUUUCGCUGGUUCGCGCGUCGAAGAGCUCGAUGUCCAACAGGAUAUUCUAUUCAAUCGCGGUUUACGUCUCAGGAUGGGGUUACAGGAAAUUGAUCCUGAGGAGGAAGAGUUGGCUCGCAGGGCCCUGGUCCGGGAAUCGUCUCCCCCAAACAUCCCUCGUCACGAAGGUUCCAGACCUCAGUCCGCACACGUUCCUAUCUCUCGACGCCCCUCCAUUCAUACGCCUGCUUCAACAUCGAUCGGUCAGACGAAAUCGCAAAGGUUGAAAGCCAUUCAGCAAGCUUUGAAUGUGGAGGUGCAGCGGACACCUUAUUUGGGGAUAUUGCCAAAUAGGCAGCUGCCCAAAUCCACCGAAGGAAAUAUUAGUUUUGAUGACGAAUUCAAUUUUGACGAGGCUGCGCUCAUGCAAAUUGACGAGGUGGUCGCUCAAGCCCGUAUGUUACUCACGGGUCCUGCACUCUUCAAUAUGAUGAUGCUCAAGAUGAUUGUAGUUACCAGCGACCCCACCUCUCGCACUCGAGGGGAGAAAGCACGCCAAGAUGUAUCUGUCAUUGACAUAAGUUCAGACGAAGAUGAGGGCAUUUUGAACGUGUCGGACUGAAUGACAGCAUCAAAACACCGCAAUACAUGUUGUCGUUAAUGUUACACCAUUACGUCGCUCAAGCCCAUGACGCACUAUCCAAUGAUCUCGACUUUG